AUGAAGCAGUGUUCACGCAGCGUGGUGUUUGUGCAGACGGAUGACAACGCACUGAAAAUGAGUUACCCCUUGUCACACCUGGACAACAAACCUUCAGAAUCGGAACAUGUGUGGAUGACAGGGUUACCUGAUAAGUAUGUAUGCAGACCAGAAACACCAGACUUUGAGGCAAUGUGCUUGGCGGAUUUUGCAUCGAGCUGCAGAAUAGUCUACGGCAAGCAGACAAAAGGCAAAAACACUCAUCGCCUGCUGAAUGAGAUGGGGUUUGUCCAGAAGAGAGCAAAUGAUGAAAAACAUGCUGUCAUCAAAUAUCGACCCAUUUCCCUUGAGAAAGAUCCAGAGCUGUAUUAUGGCACAUUGCUUAAACUGUACGUGCCUUAUCGCUCAGAAAACCAGCUGAAAUCCACCCACUUCCCAACUUACCAGUCCGUCCAUGACCAUGCAGCUGUUUGGUUACCUGGAUCACAGCAUCCCGAGCGCGUGAAGGCAAUUGUGAAACGCAACAGAGAAAAACAUGAGAAACACCGUGAGGACAUUGACAGUGCCAUUCAAGAGUUUGAAGAAAGAGGAAUGUUGCUAAAUGAAUGGGGCAACCUGGCGCCUGAGAGUGAGCUCGAACGGCUCGAGUGCAUAGAUGAACUCAAUGAAAGAGAAGCUGAUGAGGACGUGCAGGAGAAUGUUCCAGACUAUAAUGUGAGGUCAGACGUGAGGCAAGAAUCUGCAGUCACGAUCGAAGCCCCUGAAAUUGAUCCUGUGGUGCUGCGUGAGAUGUACCAGAACUUAAACCAAACGCAAGCUUCAGUUUUCCACACCAUCCGGGAAUGGUGCUUGAAAUGUGUUUGUGGUUCAAAACCAGAGCAGUUCUUCUUGUACAUUAAUGGUGGUGCCGGAACAGGUAAGUCUCAUCUAAUCAAAUGCAUCCAUGCAGAGGCAUCUAAAAUACUCAGAAGACUUCCGAGAAAUGCAGAGGAAGCAGACAUCUCUAAACCUACUGUUCUCUUGACUGCAUUCACUGGUACUGCAGCAUUCAACAUUUCAGGUACAACAUUGCAUUGUCUCUUGAAGCUGCCCAGAAGUCUCAAGCCUCCUUUCCAAGGUCUUGGUAACAAACUUGAUGAAGUCAGGGCAGAGCUUUCAAAUGCAGAGAUACUCAUUAUUGAUGAAGUCUCCAUGGUCUCCAAACAGCUCUUUGCCUACGUGGAUGCGAGACUGAAACAAAUCAAAGGAAGUCAGAGACCUUUUGGUGGAAUGUCAGUUCUCACUGUUGGAGAUUUCUACCAGCUACCACCUGUCAGACAGUCGAAACCUCUGUGUGUGUUCGACCCGACUCAGAUCGACCUCUGGCGUGACAACUUUCAGAUGGUCACACUGACCGAAAUCAUGCGUCAGAAAGAUGAUGUCACUUUUGCUGAGACGCUGAAUCGAAUCCGUGCCAAAGAAAAGACAGUGUCUUUGUCUCAUGAAGACAGAGUUCUGCUUUCACGGGCCUUAGCUGACCCAGCUCAAUGUCCAAAAGACGUACUGCAUGUUUAUGCGACAAACAAACAGGUUGAGGAACACAACUCAAAAACCUUGGACAUGUUUCACUCCGACGUCACCACAAUAGAUGCAGAUGACUACAAAAAAGAUCCAACCACUGGGAGAAUGACAAGACAAAGUGUACCUUUCCAAGGAAACAAAAAGGAGUUGCCUGACUCGAUAAAAGUGGCCAUCGGCGCUAAUGUCAUGAUCACCAGAAAUAUAAGUGUGCGGUCAGGUCUCUGCAAUGGAACAUUUGCACGCAUUGCAAAAAUUGUGACUAAAGCAGGAAAUCCGCAUGUUGAAAAACUCGGACUGAAACUUAACAGUCAAAGUGCAGCAGCCAGCGAAGCAGAUGUGGAUGAAAACAUCGUGUACAUUGACAGAGACGAGGAGAAUCUUAAACAGACGGGAGUUGUCAGAAGACAGUUUCCCAUCAAGCUCGCUUUUGCGUGUACAAUACACAAAGUUCAAGGGAUGACAACUUCCUCGGCCGUGGUCUCACUGAAACACAUCUUUGAACCCGGCAUGGCCUACGUUGCUCUGAGCAGAGUGACCUCUCUGAGUGGACUCCACAUUCUAGACAUGGAUGAGAGGAAAAUCUAUUGCAACCCUGAAAUCACCGUAGCUCUUGAAAACAUGUCUAAAGCUUCACUUGAACAUGUCAUGCCUCUCCUCAAGAUCCCAGAAACAUUGAGCAGGCCAGACACUCUCACUGUCAUUCAUCACAACACAGAAGGACUACCAGCUCAUAUCACCGACAUCAAAAGUCACCAUGAACUACAUCUUGCAGACGUGCUCUGUCUCACUGAAACUCAUCUGCGAGGAUCCUUUGUUGCUGAGAGUCUCCAUCUUGAAGGCUACAACAUGUUCAAACGUAACAGAAACGUGUCUUAUUCAAACCAUCCUGCCAUGGCCACUAAAAACGGUGGUGGAGUUGCCAUCUAUGUGAAAGAACACAUCAGAGUCCUUGAGAGACAUUUCAUUCAGAAUGCCACUGAUAUUGAGUUCAGUGUCAUCAAACUUGAAGCUCCUUUCAGGGCUCUAAUUGCUGCCGUCUACAGGCCUCCUGACUACGAUGUUCACUCAUUCAUAUCCAACCUCAGAAGUCUCUUGGAUUCACUGGAAGUCAUGGAUCAUCAUCCCAUCUUAGUCUGUGGAGAUUUUAAUGAAGAUUUGCUGUCCAGAGCAAGGAAGCCCAUUCUUGAACUGUUCCAGUCCAAAGGUUAUGAACAACUCAUAACUGCUGCAACCACAGAGAAGAACACGCUGCUUGACCCCAUUUUCAUCUCUUGCCCGCAGUCCUGUAUCCAUUCUGGCGUGCUGCGGACAUACUACAGUUACCACCACCCUGUCUACUGCGUGCUCACUUUAGAAACACCCUAA